AUGAAAAACAGAUGUUCACCGGAGUCAUUACUAUCUAUAGUCAUUGGGUUGACCAAAGAACAAAAGGAAUGUGUAAGAUCUAUUGGUUUUGGAGCAUUAUUAACAAUGAAAAUCACAGAUAUACCACUGAAGCUGAGAUUUUAUGUUCUUCAAAAAUUUGAUUCUAAGAGAAUGGUGAUAGAUAUUGAAGGAAAGGAACUGAAAGUAACAACAGAGUCUGUUCAUGACAUGUUGGGCAUACCACUUGAUGGAACCAUACUUACACAAUUGGAUCAAUGGCCUAAGGAUGAUACAAGUUAUGGUGAAUGGAAGCAACAAUUUAUCAUUUAUGUGCUGUUGUUGUAUGCUGAUAACAUCCGCUCAGAAGCUUUAACGGUAACACAUAAACGUCGAACAAUUUGUUAUUGGAGUUUUAACGAAGCUUUAACGGUAACACGUAAACGUCCAACAAUUUGUUAUUGGAGUUUAGAGAAGAUUAGAUAUCGAGAGACAUUUGAACAAGAAAAAGACAGAUUUAGACUUGGAGAAUUAAAUGAAGAAUUUAUUAAUGAACAAAAUGAAGGAGAGACAGACCUUGAAGAUAGUGAUUAUGAUAAAGAUGAAGAUCAUUAUGAGUCACCAAUGACUAGAAGUAAAACUAAUACUCUGAUCAGUCAAGUUAUUCAAGAAAAGGAAAAAUCAGAAGGUGUACAUAAACAAGGAAAAGAAGUUGAAAAAAGAAAGGGAGAUGAUACAAGCAAGGAAAAUUCUGAAUAUGGAAAUAAAGGAGGAGCAGAAGCUAAGAACCCAAAAGAUGCAGGUGAAGAUAACAAAUAUAAAUUGAGAAAGGAAAUGUGGAAGAUAGAUGUAAAUAGUUGA